AAAAAAAACAAAAAUCACUUUGGUGGUCGUUGUGCUGUCUCUCUUUCUCGUUACUCGUUAGGCUUAGAAAUUAGCGGCAGCGAACGCCGAAGAGCUGCCACAGGCCACAGAAGCAAAAGGGCGACGAUGGGACCCACACCGAGUUCAUCAAACGACAGGUCGGAGAGGAGGAAGAGGAACGCGAAAACGACAAUCCAGUCCCUCGAACCCGACACCCUCUGUAUGAUCUUCGCCCUUCUCGACUUCUUCGACCUCGUUCGUUGUUCCGCCGUCUGCAAAUACUGGAAUACGAUUAUUAAUAAGUCUAAAUUGCUGCGGGAAUUCUACGCCAAGCAGAAGCAGAACUCCACAGAAUUUUCCAAUAAGUCUACAUGCUCAGAGACAUCGUUAAAGACAUACUUAGAGGAGCUUGCCAUGGAGCAUCACAGAGUCUCCUUACAAGAAGGUUUGAUCAAUAUUGAUCAAUGGAAAGGUCAUUCAGUUGGGUUUAAUCAGUGCCGAAUGAAGAUGGGCUUGAUUCUUACUGGCAAAGGUGAUAAGGUAAUGCGUCUCUGGUCGCUAGAAAGCUACAAAUGUGUGGAAGAAUAUGCUGUUCCAGACACAGUUCCUCUAGUUGACUUUGAUUUUGAUGAGAGCAAGAUUGUUGGUUUGGUUGGUACUCGUAUAUGCAUAUGGAGGCGAAAUGGGAAAAGAAGUAUAUUUCCGUCAAAUGAAGGCACGUUUGUGAAGGGUUUAUGCAUGCGAGGGAACCAGAGAUUCCAAUGCCAUGAAAUUUUGGUGGGAGGGGUGGCUUUGCAAAAUGGAGGUUUAAAAGAGAGAAGGGGGAAAUGCUAUUGUGCUACUUUGAGUUACAAUGAUCCAGAGGCAGUGGUCGGAUGUGAGGAUGGCACAGCUCGUUUAUUUGACAUGUACAGUAGAAAGUGUUCUCGAAUAAUUAGGAUGCGAGCUGGGCCUGUAACAUGCUUAUGUUUGAGCGAUGAUCAGUUGAUACUUAGUGGUUCCUCUCUUGGGAGCAUCACAGUCUCGGGUAUUUUAUCUGAUCAGCAGGUAGCAACACUAAGAUCAAGAAUAACAAUAGGAGGCAUAAAGACUUUGUGUUACAAUGCUUGCUCACAUCUAGUGUUUGCUGGAUCAACGUCUGGAUAUACAUCUUGUUGGGACCUUAGGACAAUGAGAUCUCUAUGGGAAACACGGGUGAGUCCGAAUGUUGUUUAUUCUGUGCAACACCUGCGAAGUGACAAGUCAACUUUAGUUGUUGGAGGAAUAGAUGGUGUGCUACGCACAUUAGAUCAAAACACAGGUCAAGUUCUUGCAAGCUGCGUCAUGGAAGGUAACGCGUUAUCAAGCUCCCAGAACACGUAUGGAGCUACUGAAAAAAGGAAAGGAAGAAGGCUUUCAGAGGGUACGCCCAUUGACAGCAUUCCUAAAAGUGCUCGACCUCCCAUCACAUGCUUGGCUGUUGGGAUGAAGAAGGUUGUCACUGCACAUAAUGGCAGGCACAUCAGACUCUGGAAAUUCAAUAGCUGACAUGACCUGCUGGUUUUAAUGUACUGGUGGUUUAAAUGUUCAAUUUGAGUAGUUUAUAAUAAACACGUUUUCAUUUUUUUUUUCUAUGAUAUGAUUUUUAGAUACAUUUCAUAUCUGCCAUUUUGUGAGAUUGAAAUGUUCAAUUUGAGUAGUUUAUAAUAAACAUUUUUUCAUUUUUUUCUAUGAUAUGAUUUUUAGAGACA